CCCUGUGCAAACUUAAACCGUGCAGUUUGUGUGAUCGCACGAUUCAUGCAACCUUAAUGCCCUAAGCACACGUUCGUGAUUGCAAACCCACCACAACCCCAUCAUGUAAACACCACCAUAUAUACAUAUUCAAACAAAUCACAUAUUACUUCAUUCGCCUUCAACACAAAAUAAUAGUCUAAAAAUGGGCGCUUUGAAGGCAUUGAAUGCCGGCUUGUUACUAGUCACUAUGAUGCUUUGGGUCGCUUCAAAAACCUCAGCGGCGGUAGACUGUGUGACUGUGACAACGCUCAUAUCAACGUGCUCUGCUUUCGUGACAUAUGGUACCCCAGACCCGUACCCAGGGUCCCCUUGUUGUGAUGCAGUGGCUAGUCUAAAUAACCUUGGUGACUCUGAUGAAAAUAGGCGCGGUCUAUGUAUGUGCUUGAUGGGCGUUAUCACAAGUUACAAUCCAAAUGCGACUGCCAUUGCUACUUUGCCUGGAUUUUGUGGGGUUUCUCUUGGCUUUACAAUUGAUCCAAACACUGAUUGCAACUAUGUAUGAGUCUGAUUUCUUGGCAAACAUGGUCAACAAUACAAAAGAAGGUUGUUUGGGAUGGUGGAUCCAUUAUUAAAUACUCGUAAUGCAUAAAGUCAUUUUUAGAUUGUUAAAAAGAAGACAAAAAGAAUGUAGCAUCUCAAUCAUGCUCUUUGUCUGUGUUGUAAAAGAAAAACGUCAAAUAAAAAAAAAGAUUUGUUUGUUUUUCGUAUUCACAAAAAGAUUUAUUUGUAAAAGAAAAUGAGAGUGAUAUUUAUAUAACAAAA